AUCAUCGGCCACCUUCGGCUUUCCCCGGAGCAGCUCAGUCAGUUAGCUAGCCGAGCUGAUUAGCCCGCUACUACAAGCUAAUGUUUGCGGGAUAUUUAACGUUAGCCGCACCGGAGUGGAUGAUACAAGCGGUAUAGAAACAAUGGCGGACGUCGAGGAACAAGGUAUUUGUUCCUCGGUCCCCUCGUUGCCUCACCCUUCGUCCCGGAACGGCUCCGGCUCCGGCAGCGGUAACGUUACACCGGUCACCGGCGGCGGAGGCAGCUGCCAGACGGCGACAACCGUUAUCUCGGGCCCGCGGCUAGUCCGGAUAGUGAAGUCAGACUCGGGCUACGGCUUCAACGUUCGGGGGCAAGUGAGCGAAGGAGGGCAGCUACGGAGCAUUAACGGGGAGCUGUACGCGCCGCUGCAGCAUGUCAGCGCCGUCUUGCCGGGAGGAGCCGCCGACAGAGCCGGUAUUUCGAAGGGGGACCGGAUCCUGGAGGUCAACGGCGUGAACGUGGAAGGAGCGACGCACAAGCAGGUGGUGGAUCUGAUCCGGGCCGGUGAGAGGGAGCUGGUUCUGGCCGUGCUGUCCGUCCCGCCGCAGGAGGCCGACUGCCUGGAUCCCGGAGACGACGGCUCGGCUCAGUCCUGCUACGACUACUCCGACAAACAGGCCGUCCCCAUUUCGGUUCCCAGCUACAAACACACCGAGCUCAACCAUGAAAAGUUUGUGGUCUACAACGUGUACAUGGCCGGCAGACAGCUGUGCUCCAAACGCUACCGGGAGUUUGUGAUCCUCCACCAAAACCUGAAGAGGGAGUUUGCCAACUUCACGUUCCCAAAGCUGCCCGGAAAAUGGCCUUUUUCUCUGUCGGAGCAGCAGCUGGACGCCCGACGCAGAGGCCUGGAGGAAUACCUGGAGAAAGUGUGCUCAGUCCGGGUAAUCGGAGAGAGUGACAUCAUGCAGGAGUUCCUGUCUGAAUCGGAUGAGAACUACAACGGCGUGUCGGACGUGGAGUUGAGAAUAGCCAUGCCCGAUAAAACCACGCUCACCGUCAGAGUCCGCAAAAACUCCACCACAGACCAGGUGUAUCAGGCCGUGGUCAUGAAGCUCGGGAUGGACAGUGUGACGGCGAGCUACUUCGCCCUGUUUGAGGUCAUCAACCACACCUUUGUGCGCAAACUGGCCCCCAACGAAUUCCCCCACAAACUCUAUGUACAGAAUUAUACCUCAGCCAUCCCGGGAACCUGCCUCACUCUGCGCAAGUGGCUCUUCACCACAGAAGAAGAGAUUCUGCUCAACGACAACCAGCUCGCCGUCAGCUACUUCUUUCACCAGGCCGUGGACGACGUGAAAAAAGGCUUCAUCAAAGCCGAGCAGAAAUCUUAUCAGCUGCAGAAGCUGGCAGAGCAGAAGAAGACGUCCAUGUACCUGAGUCUGCUGAGAGGAUGCGAAGGCUACAACGAGAUCAUCUUCCCUCACUGCUCCUGCGACUCGCGGCGUAAAGGCCACGUCAUCACCGCCAUCAGCAUCCACCACUUCAAGCUGCACGCCUGCACCGAGGAGGGCACGCUGGAGAACCAGGUGAUCGCGUUCGACUGGGGGGAGAUGCAGCGGUGGGACACCGACGAAGAGGGCAUGGCCUUCUGCUUUGAAUAUGCACGAGGGGAGAAGAAGCCACGCUGGGUCAAGAUAUUCACACCUUAUUUUAACUACAUGCAUGAGUGCUUUGAGAGAGUCUUCUGCGAGCUGAAGUGGAGGAAGGAGGUGGAAGAGGAGGCGACAGACAAGGACAAUAAGAACUGCAGUAAAGAUGGUAUGUGUGGCAAGAAUAUUUUCCAGCUGCUGAGGCACAGAAGGGAUGGGGGCACCUAGGAAGGGAGAUCGUCACCUCUUAACGCCGCCUGGACCCCCAAAAAACACUCCGCUAUUAAUCACACGGACGUCAUUUUACACUCUACAUGAGAAGCUACCGCCGACAUGCAGACCAACAAGCAUCCGCUGAACAACACAUCCGAAUAAACCGAAGCAUUAAUAUAAAAAAAAAAAAAAAGACUCGCGAACCAGAACACGCAUCAUCAUCAUCAGGCCGAGCUCUGUCAGGAAGGCGUCUACGGACCGAUGGAGCCUUCUUCUUCUUCUUCUUCUUAAAUGCAGGGACUUGAAGUGGAAAGUGACGGGCAAAUGAGGAGGUUUGGAGCCUCCCUUUGAAGUCGACAAAGAAAGCCGGAGUGAAUGAGGAAUCACCGGCGGACUAACGGAGCUAAAGUGAAAGCUGUUGGCGCUCACAAAGGCGACGGCAGAUAACAGUAAUCAGCGACACCGAGGGCCGACCGCAGGAAGACACUUAGCUUCUCAAUUUAGGGAUUAGAGCGGCGCUGUGCCGUGUGUCUGGUCGUGUAAUCUUUGCGAGCAGCGACCAUUAAGAAUGUAAGUCACAGCCGAGUCGCAGAACGGAGAUUUUUCAUCGGUUUCUCGCUACGUUUGCAUUGAAAAAGUCAACGUGGCGUAUGAGGGAAGGGGAAGCAGACGUUUGUUUUACACAUUUUUUUUGAUCAGAGUUUAAUUUUUGCACUUUAUCCAACAGUAUUAACAACCUCCAAAUGUGCAGAAAAAAUGUAAAGAGCAGAUAAUGGGCAUCAUACUGGAAUAAGCUUACUUUAUAUUCAUUUUUAACUGACUGACUGACUGCAGUGUCAUUCUAAACAGAUAAACCCCAAAUUAUUCACAGCCACAGUGGGUUUUUCUCUGACCGAAAGGUUUCUUCUGGUUGAAAACAGCACAAACAAGUGACUAAACACAGUAAGGUUUUGUGUUUUAGGUGCUGAUGAUGAAUUUUUAACAGUUUUUAAUUGAUUUUUUAAACAUUUUUACUAAAAAUUAGUGUCCAAAAUUAUUCAUACUCCUUGAAAUUGUUUUAAAUUUUAGAGAAAACGCAGCUUCUGUCUCUUUCCAGAUGUUCCUGGUGAUCUCUAGCUUAUUGUAGGCCAAAGGUGUCACAUUCAUUUUAAUUCAGCCCAGUUUAGUCUCAGGUGACCAGUAAAAUCAGAGCAUAACCUAUAAAUAGCCACAACUCCAAAUGUUUCCUUUGUUUUAGUGCAAAAAAAGUACAUUCUGAAAAAGUUCACAGGACAAAAUCUGACAAAAAUGAGACUCAGAAUAACAAAAACAAGACACAAGAUGACAAAAGCAAGAAACAAAUUGAGACAAACGACUCGAAACAAAACAACAGAGACAAAAAAUUUACAAAAAAAGUUACAAAGUGACAACAAAACUGGACAAACGAGACAAAAAAUGACGAAACAAUAGACAACACAAGCGAGACAAAAAGGAAAUACAAAACGACAAAAAUGAGAAACAGAAUGACCAAGCCUUGAGAGAAACGACAAAUCGGACAAAAAAAACAAAAACGAGACAGAAUAUUACGUAAAUGAGACACAAAAUGACAAAAAUGAGACAAACGACACGAAACCAAAGAAAAAAGAGACAAAGUUAGACAAAAAAAAUUAUAAAGUGACAUAAACAAGGACACAAAUGACGAAAAAAACGACAAAAAGGAACAAAGCGAUAAAAAAAAACAAGACAAAAUAUUGCAAAAAUGAGACACAAAAUGACAAAAAUGAAACGAACGACACAAAACCAAACAAAAAAGGGACAAAAAGUUAGACAAAAAAGUUAGAAAGUGACAAAAACAAGGGAAAAUGACGAAAAAACAACAAAAAAGGAACAAAGCGAUAAAAAAACAACAAAAACAAGACAAAAUAUUGCAAAAAUGAGACCCAAAACGACAAAAGAACAAUGAGCGAUCUAGCAUUUUACUUUAUGAUCAAAACAACUUGUCAAAAAAUUAUUUUAAAUUUGCAAUUUCACCAAUUUACAAUUUGCAGUUAAUGUCUUCUCUGUAAUUUUUACUCUUUACAGUCGUCCAACAGGCCAGAUUCAACCCUCUGGAGGGCCGGUUUUGUUUGACACCCUGGUCUACAGUGUUCUAAUCCACUAACAGGUCUUUAGUCAAUUACUGCUUAAUUACAAGUCAUGUCUAAAGGAAACGAAAUCAUGAGAACAGAGGAGCACCUCCGGCAGUCUGCAGAAAAAAACGCAUUUCCAUUAUUUUACAGGUUCCACUGAGGGUUUCUACAACUAAAACAUGUCAUUUUGUACUAAUUACACAGAAAAUGGAGGCAGUUGCUUGAGUUUCUUUAUUUCCAGGAAGAAAGAAAAUCUCCAGAAAAGCCCCUCAGCAGUUUAAUACAAUCUAAUAUGAUGUUAGAUGAUGUCCUCGGGCAGCGUGGGAGCUUCCAACAAGAUGAUGAUUGGAAAAAAAAUGGAGACAAAGUGGUGAAGAAAUGGUGAAGAGAAGACAGUCUCUCCCACUAUAAUAUAGUUUUUGUUUUUAAAAAUGACUAAAAAAAGCAUCUAAACUGUUAAAAUCUAUCUCCAAAACAACGUCUUACUGUUUUUAUCUCUUGUUUGCAUCAUUUCCAACCAUAAGAAACCUUUUAAUCAAAUAAAAUUCAUUUUUAAAUCUUGAUAAUUUAGUUUAUAUCUGCACCGCAUCGACAAAUUCAAGCCAUGCAUUAAACCGUUUGCGUAUUUCUAGUUUUAACUGAACACUCCAUGCUUUUGUUGGUGCGAUCAGACGGUGAGGGUUCGACUGUGUUCAGAGUGUGUUACCCACAUCGGACAGCAGGGGUCCUUCUCCUCCUUCCGUCCUUCUGUCUUCUUCCUUCCUUCAUCCCUCUGCCAUCGCUGUGAUUCGUUUCUGAGAGCUCCCCCAGGAUUUAUAACAAGCCUGUAAUUCAAACGACCUCCCCGUGCAGCGCCGUUUAUCUCUGUUGCCGGUUCAGGUUAGACAGGAUCUCCGUCUGGAAAAGCUUCUGAUCACAUAAUGAAACAAUCAGAUGAAGUGCAGAUUAACGUCUCCCUAAAUGAGCUCGCUUAUUGUCCUAAUUAAGAAUAAUGUAGUAACAAAACGAUACCAAUGAUGCAAUGCGGACGACUAAGCAAAAAACAGGAAGUAAUUAUAGCUUAUUACAUCAUUAGAACCUGGCAUUAAAUAUUUACUCUUGUACAGUGCAGUAUUGGGUGUUUAACUCUCCUAUUACCUUCAAAUUUACUGACAUCUUUUAUCCUUGGGGUCAGGUAGAGUCCAGUCAUUUAAACCUCCAGAAAAUUAUUAUAAUUAGGGAAUUAGGGUCCGAGCACCAACGGUGGAAGGAACUCUUGGAAGGCUUUUUUCUUAUACUUUGUUCUUCAUGCGAAAAAGAUGCAUUUUUGAGGCCCUAAAAAUACUUGAAAAUGUGUGAAAAUUUCCCCACGCAUCAGGUCCGACAACAAUUUCUGAUAUUUUAAGGGAAAUGUACACAUAUGUGGCCAAAUAGCUUAUUAGCACCACCUGCAUUAUUGUGAAGAUUCAGCCCCACAUCUGUAACACAUCAGGACUCACAACAAACUCUCUUGCACAAAUGCCAUAAACCUAACAGGAAGUCGGCCAUUUUGAAUUAUGUGGCGUAUUUUGGAAGAUUUAGGAGCAAUUUUUGCACAUUUUCUAAAUCUAUAAACUCAAACACAGUAACCCCAACAGAGCUGAAAUUUGGCAAGAAUGUACUGCAGGAAUGGGUGAUAAAAAAUUGUGAAAAUACUCCGCAAAAGUCUGACGGCAUGGAAAUGGUGGCCGACGAAAUCUUGAUGUUUUGCCUUGAAACAGGAAGGGCUGUCUGACUUGACAUGCUCCAAUCUGCUUGAAACUUUACAUGUGUGAUCAGAGUCCAGCCCCGAUGACUUUCACAGUGAUAGCGCCACCUGGUGGACAGUUUUGAUAGUUUGCCAUAAACAAAGCCAUAGGCCGAAAUACACUCUCGGUCGCACCGCCACCUGGUGGACAUGCUUGGAUUUGUUGACCAACAAGGAUCCAAGGACCCAUCCAACGCUGCUUGCAGCUUUAAUUGUUGCUCCCCAAGUUUAUGUGUCAGUUAUUUUAGAUCUGUUUGUCAAUGACCUAAGGAGCCCUUUUGCUAAGGGAGAAGAAAGAGAUCUUUUUUCAGUGUUUUAAUGGCUUUAUAUUAUUUUGAAGUACAUAUUGUAGAACAUUUGGAAUGAAAAACAAGUUCUGUUAUCAAGAAUAGUAACAGGAAUUAUAUUCGGGAUCUAUUUGACCCCAGGAAAAGCGAACAUAACUUCAAAAAGUUUAGGGCCCUGAAGCUUUUUGAAGCCUGUUAUAGUGACCAAAACAUCCAAAACAAAACAGUGUAAAAUCUUGAUAUUUCUUCUAUGGUUUCUAAAAGCCAGAAUACUAAUGCCUUCAACACUGAAAACAUAUCAUCACAUCCAUUUUAGGUUUACCCAGCUAUCCCCAAUAAAUUAGGAGAAGUCAUUAAAUAUGAAGCAAAAAAAAUGAAAUUUGAAAACUGACCCUGAAGAUAACAGGAGGGUUAAUCAAAUCUGCAUGACUUGAUUGCGCCGGAAGUUCUUAUUAUUGUGAGACGGUUGAUUAAAAAUCAGUGUCAUGUUCGUCAGAAUUUAUUCAAAAUCACUUAAAGUGAUGCUCAAAGCUCAAGUGUCAUUCAAAGCGUUUUCUGAGUUUCUACGAAGCAAACAUGAUGUCAGCCAGCGAUGGUACGAAGCUGAAGCUCAGCCUCGACUCGCAGUGUUCGGCCGCUGAUGAGAAAAUAAGCAGCAUUCUUGUUAUCUGCAACCAAGUGGCCGGCGUAAAUGGAUUUACAUCCUGCUAAUAGUGCUUGUUAUAACGAUGCUGCCGGUCACGAAAGGCCGUUUCGGGUGAUUAAUGAGCUUCGGCGAACCCUUUUGUGGGCCUAAUUGAAUGAGUUGAGGCUGAACGCAUUCCCGGGAAAGCUCGUCUGUUUACCGAAGCGCGUCUGACGCAGUCGAUCCUCCGCCGCCGUCUGAUCGCCUCACCUCCCUCCUUCCUUCCCUCUCCGGUCCCGGCCGAAGCUAAAUGUCACGUACGUUAUUUAUUCCGGUAGUUCAGCUGAUAAAGUGGAGCUUUUCGGCUCUGAGAGGAGGACGGAGACCCGGUGAGAUGGAAGACAGUGUUUGGUUACAUCGCUUACUGUAAUAAAUUGUAACAUAUUCUUUUAAAUAAACUGAUUUAUUGAUGCAA